UAGGCCCCACCCUCGCACGCUCGUCGGGUCACGCUUGGGGGCGGUGCUUACGGCGGACUGAAGACGCAUGCGCAGCAGUUGGCCCCAGUCUAAUUUCCACGGCUGGUGGCGGUGGCGGCGUCUCCGUUUCCGUACGGGUGGCCGCGCGGCCCUGGGAUAGUCUGUAGAGGAUGCAAAAUGCAAGAAUCCCCCACUCAAGCCAAGCUCAGGAGCAAGACUGUUUACAAAGUCAGUGUGUCAGUGAUAAACAAGAAAUGACAAUAAAACGAGAAAAUGACGGCAGUGCAGAGGUGGAGGAAAGCCUCCACUCUUGUUCCUCUGCCAGCGGACCAUCCACUUCUGCCGAGGGCUGUUCAUCAGAAGUUCUGAGGAGAGGGCCAGCCCUGCUGCACAUCGACAGACAUCAGAUACAGACGGUGGAGCUGAGUGUGCAGGCUCUUGAACUGCAGGGGUUGGGUGUGGAUGUGUAUGACCAGGACGUGCUGGAACAGGGUGUGCUUCGACAGGUGGACAGCGCCAUUCAUGAGGCCAGCCGUGCGGCCCAACUUGCUGAUGCAGAGAAAGAGUAUCGCUCAGUCCUGGAUGACCUCACGUCAUGUAGGACAUCCCUAAGGCAAAUCAAUAAAAUUAUUGAACAACUUAGCCCUCAAGCUGCCACCAACAGAGACGUCAACAGGAAACUAGAUUCUGUAAAACGACAGAAGUAUAAUAAGGAACAACAGUUAAAGAAGAUCACGGCAAAACAAAAACGUCUCCAGGCCAUCCUUGGAGGAGCAGAGGUACAAGUUGAAAUAGAUCAUGCUGGUCUGGAGGAGGAGGAUACAGAACCGGGGCCAUCCUGUCUCGGCAGCAUGCUCAUGCCUGUCCAGGAGGCUGCUUGGGAAGAGCUCAUCCGCACUGGCCAGAUGACACCUUUUGGAACCCAGAUCCCUCAGAAACAGGAGAAAAAGCCUAGAAAACUAAUGCUCGAUGAAGCAUCAGGCUUUGAAAAGUAUUUGGCAGAUCAAGCAAAAUUGUCUUUUGAAAGGAAGAAGCAAGCUUGUAAUAAAAGAGCAGCUAGGAAAACUGCGGCCUCGAGCACCUCUGAGCUGAGCGCAACACUCAGUGAAAACAAACCAAGUGAGCGAAGCAAAGUUCUCUCGAAAGCAGAUAAGCGCUUGAGAAAGCACAUCAAGAAGCUGCAGAAAAGGGCUCUUCAUUUCCAAGGGAAAGUGGGCUUGCCGAAAGGAAAGAAGCCUUUGGAGUCUGACAUGAGGCCGAAGGCAGAGGGCACCUCUGAGAGCGAAGAGUCCGAAUACUUCCCCACGGAGGAGGAGCAGGAGGAGGCAGAGGGGGCUGAGCUGACCGGAGAAGGCCCUGACUCCGUGCUGAAACCUGUGCUCAAGCACCGGAAGCGGCAGAAAAAAGUCACGGUGCAGGAGAUGGGGGAUGACUUUUUUCCAAGUUCUGGGGAAGAAGCAGAAGCCACCUGUGGAGGAGGAGGUCGGAAAGUAGUGAGAUGCCGAGAUGAUGGAGAUGAAGAUUAUUAUAAGCAGCGGCUAAGGAGAUGGAAUAAGCUGAGGCUGCGGGACAAAGAGAAGUGUCUGAAGCUUGAAGGCGAUUCUGAGGAGAGCGAUGCCGAGUUUGACGAUUUUAAAAUCCCGGGUUUUCUGUUCAAAAGACUUUUUAAGUACCAGCAGACAGGUGUUAGGUGGCUGUGGGAAUUGCACUGCCAGCAGGCAGGAGGAAUUCUGGGAGAUGAAAUGGGAUUGGGCAAGACCAUCCAGAUAAUUGCCUUCUUGGCAGGUCUGAGCUACAGCAAGAUCAGGACUCGUGGUUCACAUUACAGGUUCAAGGGGUUGGGUCCGACUAUAAUUGUCUGUCCAACGACAGUGAUGCAUCAGUGGGUGAAGGAAUUUCACACGUGGUGGCCUCCGUUCAGAGUGGCAAUUCUGCAUGAAACUGGCUCUUACACUCACAAAAAGGAGAAACUAAUUCGAGAUAUUGCUCAUUGUCAUGGCAUUUUGAUCACUUCUUACUCCUACAUUCGGCUGAUGCAAGAUGACAUUAGCAGGCAUGACUGGCACUAUGUGAUAUUGGAUGAGGGGCACAAAAUUCGAAAUCCAAAUGCUGCUGUCACCCUUGCUUGCAAACAGUUCCGCACCCCUCAUCGCAUCAUCUUGUCUGGCUCACCGAUGCAAAAUAACCUCCGGGAGCUGUGGUCGCUCUUUGACUUCAUCUUCCCAGGAAAGUUAGGCACGUUGCCCGUGUUCAUGGAGCAGUUCUCGGUUCCUAUCACCAUGGGGGGAUAUUCAAAUGCCUCUCCAGUACAGGUUAAAACUGCUUAUAAAUGUGCAUGUGUCUUACGAGAUACCAUAAAUCCAUACCUACUGCGGAGAAUGAAGUCAGAUGUCAAAAUGAGCCUUUCUUUGCCAGAUAAAAAUGAACAGGUCCUAUUUUGCCGUCUUACAGAGGAGCAACUUAAAGUCUACCAAAAUUUUAUUGAUUCCAAAGAAGUUUACAGAAUUCUUAAUGGAGAUAUGCAGAUUUUCUCUGGACUUGUAGCCCUAAGAAAAAUCUGCAACCACCCUGAUCUCUUUUCUGGAGGCCCCAAGAAUCUCAGAGGUAUUCCAGAUGAGGAACUAGAAGAAGAUCAGUUUGGAUACUGGAAACGUUCUGGGAAAAUGAUAGUAGUUGAGUCCUUGUUGAAAAUAUGGCACAAACAAGGUCAACGAGUAUUGCUAUUUUCGCAGUCAAGACAAAUGUUGGACAUACUUGAAGUAUUCCUUAGAGCCCAAAAGUAUUCUUACCUCAAGAUGGAUGGUACCACUGCAAUAGCUUCAAGACAACCACUGAUUACAAGAUACAACGAGGACACAUCUAUAUUUGUGUUUCUUCUGACCACUCGGGUGGGUGGCAUAGGAGUCAACCUGACGGGGGCAAACAGAGUCAUCAUCUAUGAUCCCGACUGGAACCCAAGUACAGACACACAGGCCCGGGAGCGAGCCUGGAGGAUCGGCCAGAAGAAGCAAGUGACGGUGUAUAGGCUGCUGACUGCAGGCACCAUCGAAGAAAAGAUUUACCACCGACAAAUUUUCAAGCAGUUUUUGACAAAUAGAGUGCUGAAAGAUCCGAAGCAAAGGCGAUUUUUCAAGUCCAAUGAUCUUUAUGAGCUGUUCACUCUGACAAGCCCCGAUGCAUCCCAGACCACUGAAACAAGUGCUAUUUUUGCAGGAACUGGUUCAGAUGUUCAGACUCCCAAACGCCUUUUAAAAAGAAAACUUCUGCCAGCCUUUGGAACAGACCCUGAUGUUUCAAUAUGCAAAAAGUGCCCUGAUUCUAAUGCAUCUGCAAAUGAUGCCACAUCAUCUGAAGAGAAGUCUACAACGACAGGAGCUGAAGUAAAUGCAGUAACAUCUGAUCAAGUAACAUCUGAUCCUUUGAAAGAUGCCCCUCGAACGCCUAGAGAUCUGACUGGUGGUGAUGGGCCUGGAGAAGAGGCGAGUGCAGUGUCUAGACCAGAGGAGUCAUCAGUGAUUAGUGGACAUGGGGAAUGUUCAGAUUCUCCAGGAAUCAGCAAAAUGGAUGGACUGUCUAGUGAAGAAAGCAUCCAUGAAAAACAAGGUCUUUCUGACAAAAGAGAAAGCUGCCAGGCUCCAACAGACCCUCUUCGGGAGAAUAAGCAAACGGAAAAUAAUUUUUAUAAGCACAAGUCUAAAACAAAACAUAGUGCACCAGAAGAAGAGACCCUGGAGCACCAUCGCAGGCUGAAGCAAAAGCCUAAGAACUCUAAGCAUCGCAGAGAUGCCAAGUUUGAAGGAACUCGAAUUCCACACCUAGUGAAGAAAAGGCGGUACCAGAAGCAAGACAGUGAAAAUGAGAAUGAGACCAGCCAGCAGAGCAAUGACGAUUAUGUCUUGGAAAAGCUUUUCAAAAAGUCAGUUGGUGUGCACAGUGUCAUGAAACACGAUGCCAUCAUAGAUGGGGCCAAUCCAGAUUAUGUGCUGGUGGAGGCAGAGGCCAACCGAGUGGCCCAGGACGCCCUGAAAGCGCUGAGGCUCUCUCGUCAACGGUGUCUGGGAGCAGUGUCCGGUGUUCCCACCUGGACAGGCCAUCGGGGGGUUUCUGGUGCACCAGCAGGAAUAAAGAGUAGAUUUGGUCAGAAAAGGAAUUCCAGCUUCUCUCUGCAGCAUCCUUCUUCAACAUCUUCAAAGGAGAAAUGCCAGGACGGCGUCACGAGAAAGGAUGGAAAGGAUAAUGCUUCUGAGCACUUCAGUGGAAAAGUGGAAGAUGCAGAAUCUUCACCCGGGGCCCUCCCUUCGUCUUCACUGUUGGCUAAAAUGAGAGCUAGGAACCACCUGAUUCUGCCAGAGCGACUGGAAAGUGACAGUGCGCACCAAGAGGCAUCUGCUCCGCCAUCUGCCACCACGGAACACGAUGAUCUGCUGGUGGAAAUGAGAAACUUCAUUGCUUUUCAGGCCCGUGUUGAUGGCCAGGCCAGCACUCGGGAGAUCCUGCAGGAAUUCGAGUGCAAGUUAUCAGCCUCACAGUCUUGUGUCUUUCGAGAACUAUUGAGAAAUCUGUGCACUUUUCAUAGGACUUCUAGUGGUGAAGGAAUUUGGAAACUCAAGCCAGAAUACUGCUGACAUUACUUUCUAAACUUUCGAUUGACUUUUCCUAAUGGAAAUUUCUGGUUAUUAAUCCUAUAACUAAUAAUCAUGUUUGUCAACAGAAGUUGGCUGCAUUUGAUGUUUACUUUGAAUGAUAUCUACCUCAUAAUUUAAAAUUUCAAGGAAGAAGACAUUCAUCUCCAAAACUUAAAAGUUUUAAAAAUACUUGGGUUGAUGUUUUCAUUUUGGCACUAUGAAUUAUGUUAUAAAAUCAGGGACCUGAUAGUUAAUCUUUGGAUCGCAUUUGUUCCUCUACCUAAAAGAUGCUGUCGGGGAGCACAUUACUGCUCGUUUAGAUGUUUGUAGACCAGAAAUCUCAAGAAUUCUUUUAUUGGUGCUAAAAACAUGUCUUAUAUUCAUUCAGACCUGUUCAAUAAAUUAGUUCAUCAAUAUCUGGUAACAGAUACUUAUUUUGGAGGCAUAGGUUUUAAACAUUUAAACUUAUUUGUUACUCAUAAAAAAUGAGAUUUGGUGUCUUAUGAAUAUAUCUGUCUCAUAGUCUUCCUUUUAAGAUACUGUUAAAUCAGCAGGCAUUUUCAUUAGUAAAGCAUGAAAUAGCUUGGUAAUAAAUAAGACCUAUACUUGCAAAA